AUGAUGCUGAUAAGCUUUCUGCUAAAGGAGAAGGGUAUUUCUUACAUGGGCUGUGCCACACAGCUCUAUUUUGUAAUGUUCUUAGUCACCACUGAAUGUUACCUUUUGGGAGCCGUGGUCUACAAGCGCUACAUGGCCAUACGCAACCCACUGAGGUAUGCAGUUGUUAUGAACAGAAGACUUGGCCUUUCUCUAGUCCUGCUGUCAUGCUUGGGUGGUAAUGCGGUGUCUGUGCUGCAGGCAGUUGGGGUGUUCCCACUGCAAAUUCAUGGACCCAACAAUAUUCAGUAUUUCUCCUGUGAUACUGCCCCAUUCAUUACACUUUCCUGCAUUGACACCUCUUCCUAUGAAAUGCAGACA